AGUAACAAGCGAUAGUUGCAUAUAUCGCCCAUCGAAUCGCUUUGUUUAUUUUCUUGUAGCCAGAAAUUUGAACCGAAAAAAAAGCCACAAAAUGAGCGAAAGUAUUCUGCAAUUUGCUCCCUGGGAGUCCUUUGUGUCGCCUACAUUUUGGCACAAGCUGGCUGAACUAAAAUUGGAUCACGAUCGCCUGUCGGAUGCCCAACGUUCCAUUUCGGGCCACUACACAAACCGAAAGGCUACGGGCUGUCUGUUGGAGGCGGAUUACACAUCGUUCAAUAGCUCUGGGCAGCCACCAAAGUUCAGCCAUGCUGCCAUUGGAACAAUCUAUAAUAAAAACACAAUUGAGGAGUUCAAGGCCCUGGACAAGCUGACGCUGUUGUCUGAUGAGGGCAAGAAACUGUUAGCUGAUAUGUGCAGCGACCGGGUGGCGAGUGAUCCCAGUUUGUUGACUCGCUUCUUUGUUCUAUCCUUUGCGGACCUCAAGUGCCACAGCUAUUACUACUGGUUCGCCUUUCCGUGCGCCUUGACACCCACACUUAAGCUGCAGGGAGCCGGUACGAGACUUAAAGAUUUGUCGAAUAGCAGCAAAUAUGUAGAAGCCAUGCAGACGCUUCCACCCGACCCGACCCGACCCGCAGAACUUCUUCAUCCUGUAUGCCAACGAUCAAGAGGAUGUCGUCGAGGUUCGAAGCUUGAGUUCUCUGGAUGAGAAGGAGGUGGAACACUAUUACUUUGCUUUUGCCGAUCCCAGCGAGUACAAGCAUCCUGCUUGGUUGAUGCGGAACUAUGCCGCCUUUCUGCUGCAACGAUAUCCCAGUUUUAUUGGGAAAUCACUCAGGUCUCUGGGCCUACGUUACAACCAACAAAUGCAGAUGGACGACAGUCUGAUAUGGAAUGUAGUUCAAACCGAGUCCUGCGACUUAUACCAAAGGUUAGGUUAGGU